UGCAUGUUUUCUUGUAGCUGCUACACAGCUAUGUGUGUUGUGUUUUCGUGUUGAUUUUUUGUAUUAUUUUUAGUGUAUCGCGUUAUUGGACUCCGAAGUCAAGGAAGAUCCGGCGUGGAGAAGGGUCGCCAGUUCCCGCGUCACAGCCGACUUGGAAGACAUCGAUUUAAGGCUGUGUUCUGUGUUAGGCUGCUGAGCUUCAAGGACGGCUCUGUCUGCUAGGAAUGGGCCGCUCAUGACAGAACGGGGAUCACGCCAGCGUUUGUUUCUGCCGCAUGCCGUACAUCGGCCCCAAGAUGACAUCUCGUCUCUCCUCCAUGUUCUAUACCGUGGAGGUUGGCGACACAAAGUUUACAAUAUUGAAACGUUACCAGAACCUCAAGCCAAUCGGCUCUGGAGCCCAAGGAAUCGUUUGUGCUGCAUAUGACACGGUGACUCAGCAGAAUGUAGCUAUCAAGAAACUGAGCCGUCCGUUCCAGAACGUGACGCACGCAAAACGUGCGUACAGGGAAUUCAAGCUGAUGAAGCUUGUCAACCAUAAAAAUAUAAUUGGCCUGCUGAAUGCGUUCACGCCACAGAAGUCGCUGGAGGAAUUCCAGGAUGUUUACCUGGUGAUGGAGCUGAUGGAUGCAAACCUGUGCCAGGUGAUCCAGAUGGACCUGGAUCACGAGCGGAUGUCGUACCUGUUGUACCAGAUGCUGUGCGGGAUAAAGCAUCUGCACUCUGCAGGCAUCAUUCAUAGGGACCUGAAACCUAGCAACAUAGUUGUGAAGUCUGACUGCACGCUGAAGAUCCUCGACUUCGGCCUGGCCCGGACGGCCGGCACCACGUUCAUGAUGACCCCGUACGUGGUGACCCGCUACUACCGCGCGCCCGAGGUCAUCCUCGGCAUGGGCUACAAGGAGAACGUGGACAUCUGGUCGGUGGGCUGCAUCAUGGGCGAGAUGAUCCGGGGCGGCGUGCUCUUCCCAGGGACAGACCACAUCGAUCAGUGGAACAAGAUCAUUGAGCAACUUGGCACACCAUCACAAGAUUUUAUGAAACGUCUACAGCCCACAGUAAGAAAUUAUGUGGAGAAUCGACCAGCAUACCCGGGCUUCACAUUUGAACGCCUGUUCCCAGAUGUUCUUUUCCCGUCCGAUUCAUCGGAGCAUAACAGACUGAAAGCGAGUCAAGCCAGAGACCUGCUAUCUCGGAUGCUGGUCAUAGAUCCAGAGAGGCGGAUAUCCGUGGAUGAAGCCCUGCUGCAUCCUUACAUCAACGUGUGGUACGAUGAGGGUGAGGUGAACGCGCCGGCCCCCGGCCCCUACGACCACUCGGUGGACGAGCGGGAGCACACCGUGGAGCAGUGGAAGGAGCUCAUCUACCAGGAGGUGAUGGAGUACGAGAUCACGCACGGCCACAACGCCCUCAGCACGGCCCACUGCACGGCCCACGGGCCCGGCCAGGACGACGCCGACGACGCGGAGCGCCCCGCGCGGCGGUAGUCAGUCCCCCCCCCGCCGCGUCCCCUCGAGUUCCCCGCCCCCCCCCGCCCCAACGCCACUUUCAGCAGAGUUUGGCGCAUCACCGAACUUACUCGAAUACAUGAUGCAUCUUUUUAUUACGACUUCCUACGCGCUGAAAAAAUUCUUUGUCCCUUAGAAUCACAAAAAUUCGCGUUCGUAAGUAAACACAUCAGUAUUACUAGGAAAAAGUAUGAUUAAAAUGGCUGAUUUAGCGAGAUGGUAAUCCAAGACGUUGCUCAAAAAACCAGUGGUAGCUGGUCAACUAUCACAUUGAGAUGACGUUCUAAUUAUUACAGUUGUACUGUGGUGUAAGUAAGUCUAUACCAUUUCAUAAAGGCAACGUCUCUCCUCAUUGAAAGUUGAAGCCGCCAAAUGGGCAAAUGCAUGAUCGAGGAAUAAAGUACAUGCCCAAAAUAUUCUUGGUUGGUGAGGGUAAAUAAGCUAGGUUAUAGAAUCAGUGCACCAAAAAUUAAAAAAUUACAUUGUAAAUUCGUAAAUAAUUUUAUAGAUAAACUGAGGAAAAAGCAAAAACUGUAUAUUAGAAUCGAUGGCAUCUUAUAUUCGAGUAAAUUCAAUAAUUUAAUAUAUGCUAUAGUGUGUAAAGUUAAUGGCUGUCCAGUUAAUUUUUUGUAAAAUUGUUGAAUUAAAUUCUGAGUUUUUGAUUUAAUUUUGUGUUUUUUUUUUUUUUCUGUCUCCAAACAGAUCAACUAGCUUGUCACUUUUUGAUGAUGUCAAGCAAUAUUUUUUACCAUUGGAACAAAGAUUUUAAAAUUUUAAUAUUGUAAGAUUUGUAACAAGAAUUUCUUUGUUUUCUGCUAAAUUACUACAAAAAUUUUAAGUAUAUGAAUUUUAUUUUAUGUCCGAAUAAAAUUUUAAAUGAAACUUGAACUUUGUAUUUACUAAUUUGUAUAGCUCACAAAACAAAUCAACUAGAAUUAGUGUUACUGCAUAAAUAUGUUAUUUGUUGAUUCAUUUGGAAAUACGGCCUUGCCUUAACAUGGACAAUGCAUUAAAGAUUACAAGCAAGAAGAUGCAUUUCCCAUCAAUCCGGUAAUUGCCUUGUGUGUUUAAUAACCUUGUUUUUGUUAAUAUACAAGUGGAAUUUUUGUGUUUCUCUUUAUACAUUGUUGAUACCUAAAUAUGUGAGCUUCAAAACAUAUAAAAGGUCUAUGUUCAUUAUCUUAACAUGAGUAAGGAAUAUUAAUCAAGAACAUAUUUUUUUACAGUGUUGUUAAAUAAAAAACAUACUGAGGAGUGUUAAGUUGGUGUAAUAAACUCCCAGAAAGGUGUUCUUUCUGUGUAGCCAAAUGUAUCAAGAAUGAGCAGUAACUCGAGGGGCGUAUUGUUGUUGUAUUUAUUUAUACCCAAAUGGUUGAUAGGCAAUCGUUUUAUAGGUUGUAUUUCCACUUAAAUGGAUUCUUCGAUAGGCAGUAAAAUUCCUCUCUAAUCAUCUAGGAUUUAUUCUCUUGUAGUGUAGUAUUUUUGUCAGUGCAGAGUACCUCUUACUGUUUUAGGUCUUAGAUUGUUAGUAGGCUUAGCCCCAGACUUGGAGUUGUCGCAGAGGGAUGCCAAAAAUAACUUUUUUCUUAUUUGCGCUUCACUUACAAGAACAGUUUUAAUAGCUUUCCAACUUUUUCUGUAGUUCAUUUCUAUAUAUUUUCUUCCUAAAGUUGAGUUUUACACCUGUAUUUUUGAAGUUAUUUAUUAUAUUUUACUGACACCUUUGUAUUUUAUCUGUUAAGUUUGGCUUUGGGUUUUAAAUUUUUUUAAAUAGUUGUUACAUUUUUGUUAUUUUGACAGCAGAUUAUUUUAAAAGAGCUCUUUUGCUUUUAGUAUUUACAUAAUUUAUUGAUUUUGGUUCAGGUAUCUAGGCGUAUGUUUUUGGCAUUUAUGUGACUAGGCAUUAGUGUGAGUUUCAAAAUAAUCUGUACUGCUCCCAUCAUAGAAUUGUUGAUUCAUAUUGUUACCACAUAGAUGAAAGAGUCUCGUAGAAUACAAUGAUUUUGGUCAGAUCCCUUUCGCCUUGUUGGUCACUUGUAGGUAGUGGGGUCGGAGCAGUUUUCUUGUGUUCCUACACCUUGUUUACAUAAUGUAGCAGCAAGACAUGCAUCCAUACAAGUGUGAAAGUGUUGCAACAAUUUUGUUUUUCGCAUCCAGAGGAUAAUAACUCUGCUAUGGAUUGACUAUUGAAGAAACUGAUUGACAGUAUACUGUGGGAUAUGUGUUGUGCUUGUCUUUUUUUUUUUUUUUUUUUUAGUUUUUGGAACUGUUUUAGAUCUGCCUUCGUACACUGGCAGGCUGAUUGUGUCGGUGAUGAGAUGUGUGAAUUAUUGUGCAGUUUUGUGCACUGCUUGGGUGGGUGUGUUCUCAUUGUCUUAUGUUGUGGAGGCAGGCAAAGACACUUUCGUUAUACAAAAAAGUUGUUUUAAUCAUUGUUUGUUUUUACCAGCCUUUGGCAGCAGUUGUAAAACGAGAAAUUUUGUGCUCUUGUACAUAAUUUUAGUGACGUAGAUUUCCUACGAAAACAGUUAUAUGUAUAUUGAUAAAAUACUUUAUUUUUGAGGCAGCAGAUUGAUGAAAAGAUUGUGGAUAAUUCUAAGUUAUUUUAUUUAAUAUGAUCAAUACUCUCACAUGUAGGAAAAUGUUUUUAUCAACUGCUUCCAGUAAACUGAGUGAAAUAGAGCGAGAUUACAUGACAGACAGCAUGUUUAUAGAAACGUGCAAAUACACUCCGAUCCAAAAAACACGAAAUGAAGUUUGUGUGUAAAGUGCUAGACAAAUAACAUUGCAGGUUAGUGCACUUUGGGCAGAUUAUUUGCUGCAUUGUGUUAUUCUGAAUAUUUUUAUCAUGCAGCAUGAUGGUGAGUGAAUCUGCAAUAGUAAAUAUAUAAGUCUUGGUGUGAUAUUUGAAGAAUGUUUUGUCAAAAGCAGACUUUUAUGUUUAAUAAACCCUUUACUACGUAGCAGUUUUGCCAACUUGUAAAUAUUAUGGUACUGUUCUGUUCCUUUUUUGUGAAUAAGUAUGUAUAAUUACAUCAUUACUACAGUUAUAUAAAUAUUAGUAUAUAACCAUUUAGUAAACUUGUACUGAUGAAAGCAUUGUAGAGGAAUUAUUAAAUUGUGUAUGUGUGUUGUUUUGUGACAAGAAGUUGGAAUAUGGAGAGAGCAUUUUGUUGUAGUAAAAUCAAUUUCAUCAUUUAAGUAGUACUUUUAGAAUUUUAACAGUGGUAGCAACUUGGAACCAUCAGUUUUAGUAGCUUUCUAGAAAGUGCAGAUGUCUCCAUCAGUCGCUGUGUACAAAGUUAAGUAAUACAACCACACAAACGUAUUGUACAUUUUUUUAGUCCACUUUCACGGUCAUCAUGUAAUAUUUUCCCUUGUUUUUUACUGUAAAAAAAUGUGCUCACUUUUCUCCAGAGAGGAGAAAAUAUUGUUGAACAGUGCAAUAAUUUAAAUGACAACAAUGUUUACUGCACAAUCCAUAGAGAUUGGUAUUGCAGUUUAAUGUGAGGGUUUUGUUUGUAGAACGAAUUCUCAGUUUCAGUAUGUUCUCUUCACUUUAUCUUCUGAAUUUAUAGUGUAGAUCACUAAAAAAUUGUGAAAUGUGUAAUCAUGAUAUAUUGCUCUUAGUAUGAACAUGUGUAUUCAUAUUAUUGUGUAAGAUUGUGUUGGAAAACAUGUUGUCGUGUAACACUUCCUUUUUAUUCAAGUUUGUAGAUUGAGCCUCUAUGAUUAAUGAAGGUGACUCCAAUCCUUAAGUCUGCAAAACCCCAAAAUGUGGUGUAGAGAACAGUUAAGUUGUUUAUCAGUGCCAUUCAAUCAGUUCGAUUUCAUAUAAUUUGGUCUUUCCCGAAUAAUUUUUUAUAGAAUUCAUUGGUUUGAAUUCCGUAAUCAUUCUUAAAAUAAAAAUUCAAUCCCUUUAAUUGUUGCAAGUAUAGUUUCUUGAUUUGGCAACAGCUAAUUUGGUGAGUUUUGUGGUUUUUCUAAAUGUACUGUAUGAUUAACCACAGGCCAGAGGGAAUCCUGUUUGCAAUUCCAGAAUUUUUAUUUUCUGUUUCAGUGAAAUAUGUAUGUAAAAAGUGGUAUUUAUAAUAAAUUUUUUAUGCAUAUAAAAA